AUACUCACGCCAGAUCUGCAACCUCUUGUGUUUUAAUGGGCAGCAGGCACACUUGGCAAAAAGACGAAAGGACAGACUCAACUUGCCCUGGAGAAGAAAUGAGCGCGUUGCAGAGUGACUCCUCAUCAAAACAUUUAUCUGGGUCAAUUAACAGAGUCCAGAAGUUCUGACUUAAUAGGUCACUGUGUGCUGGCCCGUCCUCCACUGUAAAUGAAUCUCAGACAGACUCGUCUCCCCCGGCACGGUCUACAGGGUUUUCCAGGUGAUGUGUACCAUCCUGCUACGUCUACGACUAAUAGUCCACCGCUAGAUUGCCAUCCCUGCGUAAACCCUUUUUAUCAGAACAUUUUGGACAGAGGGGCCAGGAUUAAUCCCGCAAUGUUCUUGCAAAUAUUUAUUGGCUGCCUGUGGCUGCACUGUGUGCCGGCCCAGACCCACACCCAGAGCAAGGUGGUGGAGGCGCGCAACGUCACCCUGCCGGCGGGGUCCAACGCGGUGCUGCCGUGCCACAACCAGCGCAUCGUGUGGCGGCAGGACCGCCUGCGGGACCGGCAGCGCGUGCUGCACUGGGACGUCUACCGCAGCCGGCCGCACGAGGGCGUGGAGCGGGUGCUGGACCUGUUCCCCGGAGGGAGCGAACGCAUCUACAACAACUACAACAAGGGUCGCAUCACCAUCGCGCCGGACGCCUUCGAGGACGGAAACUUCUCCCUCGUCAUUACAAACGUGGGAGUGAACGACCGAGGCCUGUACACGUGCAACCUCCACCACCACUACUGCAACAUCCACCAGGCCCUUACGCUGCAGCUCAACGUCACCAAAUCAGCCCAUAAGGAGAGGCGCUUCUGGGAUGGAGAGAAGUCUGUGUUCGUGGUGCUGGCCGGUAGCACGGUGGUCCUGCCCUGUAUGAACAGGCGGCCGCUGUGGACCGAGGGCAGCCAGGAGGACCAGCAACAGGUGGUGCACUGGGACUGGCAGCCCCCCGGCGUGCGUCCCGACGGCGCUGAGCGCCUGGUGGACCUGUACGCCUCGGGCGAGAAGAGGAAGUACGGCCCCCACUUCCUGCAGGAGAAGAUGAACAUCACGGCGGACGCCUUCUCGCGCGGCGACUUCUCCCUGUCCAUCACGGACCUGCAGCAGGCGGACAAGGGCCUGUACGUGUGCCACCUGCACCACCACUACUGCGGCCUGCACGAGCGCAGGAUCUUCAGGCUCAUCGUGGGCCCCCCGCUCCUCCCCGUGCCGAGGGCGCCGGCGGUGCCCGUCGUGCCCACCGUCCGUAACGAGAUAGAGGAGGUGGUGGUGGUGGACGAUGAGGAGGAGGUGGAGGAGGAGGUGGUGCCGCCCAACAAGAGGGUGAAGGUGGUGGAGCUGCCCAAGGAUGCUGCAGAUGAUCGAAACACCAACAUGGUGGAGACGGCACGCGUCUUCAUCGUGCCGGAGCCGCGUAGUCACUUCCUGAACCAGUUUGGCUACGUGCUCGCCAUCUUCCUCCUCCUCGCCAUCGUCCUCGCUGCCGUCAUCCUGCUCACACGCAGCCGCAGGAAGAGAGAGGUGGAGUAUGAUGUGCGCAGAUGUGAGCGGGUGAAUAGGACAGAGAUUGAGAUGGAGCCGACUGGAAUGAAGAACUGCAAUCACGAAGAUAUCAGGGACAUCAAGAACAACAUCAUGAAGGAACAGGCUGAGAUGUCCUACCCGUCUUCUUCACGAGUCGUAGACCUCAACAGAGAAAUGGAAAAGCUGUCGUGGAAGUGAGGUGCUGCCCGAUAGGCUGCUGGCUGGACCAGAGCGAAUGGAAAUGGAGAUGUGGAGAUGAGAUGACCAACCAGAAUGCAGGGAGACGUGAAGGGUGAAGCCAAGAGGGAGGUGUUGCCAUUGUGUCUGCUCUUCAAUAAGCUUCACGCUACCAACUUUGCUGUCUUUGCUGACGCCCCUAUGUGUACUUUGUUUUAUCACUGCUAAAGCCAUAUAUUUAUUUAGGAAGAUUGUAUGCUUUAGUAUGUAGUGGCAUACACUGACAUUAGUGGUCAAGCUUUUGCGGUAGUAUCUCUUCGAUGGUUAUUAUAUGGUUAUCAAUACACUGUGUCCCUUUUUAACUGCGUUACAUUUCUUUUGUAUACCGUUCUUGUUUUUUUGUCUUUAUCGGAAACAAAGGAAGUAAAAAAAGGAUCUUUUGAUGACGGACAAUGAUGAUCGGUGACUUAAAAGGAGGGACGUUGUGUCUUUCAAGCUGCAUUCAUGUUGCACAAGGCUGUAAAGCUCUGCAUAAUUUUGUCCUGUCCUGAUUCUCGGACGAUCUUUUAGACACAAAAGAGAGAGGGGCUUUCAAACCAAGGGAGGCAUUGUAGUAUUUCUCAGGAAUCCGCUUGCACACCAGAACACCUCUGAAUGUGGUGUUCGUGUCUCUCGUUUGAAUUGUUUGAGACAGGCAAGAGGAGAGGGGUUUGCUUAUACAUUCCUGUUUAAGUCCUGUUAUUGUUUUUUAUUUUUACUGUAUAUUGUGUUUUUUCUGUCAAACUGUUACAUACAAUUAUUAUCAGUAGCCUAUCUAUGGAAAUGAUGAUAUGGGAAAAGUACAAAAUGUCACCUUGCCACUGUAGGUCUGCUCUUUCAAAUCUGCUAUAGCUGUCUCAGACAACAGGCCGGCCAAAAAAGGGGGUAUGUUUCUGCACAUAAUUUUUGCCACGAAUUACAUUUCUUAUCUCCUUAAAUACUUAACAUGUGAUGUCAACUCUUACUCCAGCACCAGCACUUAAAGCCCCACCACCACCACACAGAGUUCACAGCUAUGAAUAUUCAAUAUGUACUGUACUGAAAGUCUCAGAAAUCAAUCAAAUAUUUUGUAUGAAAGCUGAUCUCAUUUACCCCAAAUGAAUUUGUAAUCAAAGCUGAUGAUCAUCUUGAGUGAUGGAUUGUGUUGACGUUUUCUAACACCAACGUUUUUUUAACCAGAGUCAAGCAAUCAAUGUCAUUUUUUUCACAAUUCAUUCAUAUUACUAUUUUUACUGCUUGCUGUCAAAUCUCACUGUUGCCAAUAUUGUGCACAUCCGAGCAAGUUCCACCAGUCUUACAUAUGUUUUCCCCAUUUGCACUUCUGAUGCUGUAGGAAAGAAGGUGUCAUUCUGGCGAUAGCACACUCCAUGUCGAUGUUAGUCGGUCUGUAUGCUGUACUAGGCUACAGCAUAGCUGGCAGAAUGAUCAUCAUUGCAAUAUCAUUAACAUUUUAAUCAAUGCUACUUUUGUGAUUUUGCUCGUCGUCUGUAUUUUGUUUUUCUUAAUCUAACCACAAUGUUAAUGUUUGCAUCACUAGUAUGUACUUUGCAUCAAUUCAGUAUGCUUGCUUCCGUACUUCUUCUAUAGAGAGCAAAAAAAUGAUGGGGAAUUGCCUUUAUAGCGUUUAAUGCCAGUAUGACACUACAUUCAUCUUGCCUAGUAGUCCUACUUAGUUUUUGUUUCAGCACAUCUUUAAAGUAAUGAAUUUCUUUAUUUGUAGUGACUGUGUUUUAGUUCAUUUUGUCAAUAUGUUUCUUUGUGUGUUGGGAGAGCGAUUGAAAUGUCAAAUAUUUAGCCGACACCUUUUAUAUGCCAUUAAAAGUCUUGAAAAUAGCAAAUAAUGCAUGAGUAGCAUACUUUGCAUCCUCUUGCAUGAAAUUCAUUCAGGAUUUGUUCAUGUGUGAAUGCAUUAGGGGAGAGAAGCUUAUUCACACAGAACCUAUGUAAAUAUGCUU